AUGACCCAGCGUGUCACUGACCAGGAGACCCGUCUGCUUGGCCCUGUUUGGGCCACAGUCCCCGUGCUGAAGCGCAGGAACCCACGCCUCACUGCGGGGGCCCAGCCCUCCCUGGACAAUGUUCCGCUGUAUGAGAUGCUGCACUUCCCAUAUCCACUCAGCAGUUGGUGGCACUGCGCUGUCUCCACGUGUUGGCUGUUGGGAAUAACGCUGCUACGCACGUUCGUGUACAGGAACCGCCAGGCUGUUUUCCAAAGAGACUCCACCACUGCACAUCCCACCAGCGGCGUAGGAGGUGAGUGUCCCAGCCCCGGGCGCGGCGGCGCCCCCAAGCGGAAGAAGAAGCAGCGCCGGAACCGCACCACGUUCAACAGCAGCCAGCUGCAGGCGCUGGAGCGCGUGUUCGAGCGCACGCACUACCCCGACGCCUUCGUGCGCGAGGAGCUGGCCCGGCGCGUCAACCUCAGCGAGGCGCGCGUCCAGGUCUGGUUUCAGAACCGCCGGGCCAAGUUCCGCCGGAAUGAGCGGGCCAUGCUCGCCAACCGCUCCGCCUCGCUGCUCAAGUCCUACAGCCAGGAGGCCGCCAUCGAGCAGCCCGUGGCUCCCCGGCCCACCGCCCUGAACCCAGACUAUCUCUCCUGGACAGCCUCCUCCCCCUACAGCACAGUGCCGCCCUACAGCCCCGGGCUCGAGCCCCGCCGGGGUCACAUGGCCAACAGCAUCGCCAGCCUCCGCCUCAAGGCCAAGGAGUUCAGCCUGCACCACAGCCAGGUGCCCACCGUGAACUGAGCCCUGCCCCCCGGACCGCUGCCUCCUGGUCGACAGCCGAGGAGCGGGCAGAUGCCGGAGAGUGACCUCCUCCUGUCCCGUCCCCGGCCGGCCGGGCGGGCUCUGCUGGCCCUUCCCUCCAGCCCGGACCCCGGGCCAAACGCCGGAGCCCUGUGCUGCCCCUCGUCCACGGCCACCGGAGACUUCGGCCCUGACCCUGGCAGGGGUUGGGCCGGAAGGUGAACAGGAGCUCACCAAGGACCUCACUUACUUUGUGUAUUAAAACCAAAUAGCUUUUGUCUUUAAGAAAUAAAAAUUGUUUAAGCCCCAAAA